AUGCAGAGGCUUGGUGCAGUGCACUCCUCCGCGGCGCAGGCUCUCAGCCUCCUGCUCCUGCUGCUGCUGCAAAUGCUGACUCAGCUCCCGGCUGCAGACUCAGCGCUCCGGUACCGGGUGGCGGAGGAGGGUCCGCCCGACGUGAAGAUCGGCAACGUGGCCGUGGACCUGGGGCUCACGGCGGGCACGGGCAGCGGGGACGUCACCUUCGCCCUGGAGAGCGGCUCAGAGUACUUCAAGAUUGACAACGUGACGGGCGAGCUGACGACGGGCCCACGGCGCAUCGACAGAGAGAAGCUCCCGCAGUGCCAGAUGAUUUUUGACGAGAACGAGUGCUUCUUGGACUUUGAGGUGUCAGUCAUAGGGCCUCUGCAGAGUUGGGUGGACCUGUUCGAGGGCCGCGUUGUCAUAACAGACAUCAACGACAACACGCCUGCCUUCCCUUCGCCUGUUCUCCAACUUUCGGUUGAGGAGAACCGCCCGAUAGGGACCCUGUAUCUUCUCCCGACAGCAACCGACAGGGACUUUGGGCGAAAUGGCAUUGACCGCUACGAGCUCAUCCAAGAUAAUGGUGCUGGGUCGAGUUCAACGAGACGCACAGCAGGUGGAAGCCCCAUUGCUAGAGUGGAUGGACUUGACCGGAGGGGCAGAAGUGGAGAUAAUGGGGCAGGAGUCAGAAGCAGUGUGUUUGAACUUCAAGUAGCAGACAUACCAGAUGGUGAGAAGCAGCCACAGCUUAUCGUCAAAGGCACGCUGGAUCGUGAGCUGAAAGACUCCUAUGAGCUUGUCCUUAGAGUAAGAGAUGGUGGGAACCCGCCACGUUCUUCCCAAGCCGUACUUCGCGUUUCUAUCACCGACGUGAAUGACAACAGUCCACAGUUUGAAAGGUCUACAUAUGAGGCAGAGAUGACUGAAAACGCUCCUCCCGGCACACCUGUGCUUCAGGUCAGAGCUUCAGACCGUGACAUUGGCGUCAACGGGCAGGUGGAGUACGUCCUUGGAGCUGCCACCGAAUCUGUCAGGAGGCUGCUGCGGCUGGACGAGGCCACUGGAUGGUUGAGCGUCCUUCACAGGAUUGACAGAGAGGAGGUGGCCCAGCUGAGAUUCACAGUAAUGGCAAGGGACCGGGGCCAGCCUCCCCGCACCGACCGCACCACAGUGGUCCUGGCUGUCCGGGAUGAAAACGAUAACGUUCCAGUCGUGGAGAUCAGAAAGAUUGGGCGAAUCCUCGUGCGGGAUGGAGCGGCCCUCGUGCCAGAGAACGUUCUGGUGGACACACCAGUGGCUUUGGUUCAGGUUUCGGACCGAGACCAGGGAGAGAAUGGGGCCGUGACUUGUACAGUUGUAGGAGAUGUUCCGUUCACCCUGAAGCCAGCCGGUGAAACAGCACUUCCACCCCUCCCUGCAGAUGAGGCUUUUGAUCGGAACAAGAAAAAGUACUUCUUACACACCUCAGCCUUGCUGGACUUUGAGGCCACAAAAGAGUACAGUGUAACUAUUGUGGCUGUAGACUCCGGAAGCCCCAGCCUGUCCAGUAACAGCUCGCUGAUGGUACGAGUUGUAGACAUCAAUGACCACGCCCCGACCUUUGCCCAGAGUGUUGUGGAGGUCCACUUUGCUGAGAACAACUCACCUGGUGAAAGGGUGGUCACUGUUGUUGCCACUGAUGCAGACAGUGGCAAGAACGCUGAAAUGGCAUACUCACUUGAUCCUGCUUCCAAUGGUCCUUUUUACAUAGAUGCAGACAAUGGAGAUAUCCGGGCCACUGGGGUUCUAGACCGUGAACAGCGUGAGAGAUAUGAAUUGCGAGUUAUCGCAAAAGACAAAGGUACCCCCCCUUUGCAAGGAUCCGCAACUGUUGUCAUUCAAGUGACUGACCGCAAUGAUAACGCACCAAAGUUCGUACAGGAAAUUUUCACCUUCUACGUCAAAGAGAACCUACUGGCCAACAGUCCAGUCGGCAUGGUCACUGUGACAGAUGCUGAUGAAGGGGAGAAUGCGGAGCUUAGCCUCUUUGUUGAGAUGGAUGGAGCUGACAUGAAGAUGGCAGGCGAGAAGAUAGGCCACACCAAUGGAGUGAUCACUCUGGAAGAGCCUUUGAAGCGUCGCCACAGAGGUCUCCAUCGUCUGGUGGUUCGAGUCAAUGAUAGUGGCAUACCCUCUCUGUGUGCUACUGCCUUGGUUCAUGUCUUCAUUAAUGAAAGCUUGGCCAACGCCACCCUAGUGGAUGCACAGGUGGCCCGGAGUUUAACAAUCCCGCUGUCCCUGGACAUUGCCGGGGACCCCGAUAGUGACCGCGGCCUAGGAAAACAGCGCUUCAGUGUGGCCAUCGGCGUGCUGGCCGGCGCCGCGGCCGUGAUCCUGGUCAUCCUCCUCGUGGUCACGGCGAGGCAGUGUGGCGCGCAGGGCAAGAACGGCUACGAGGCUGGUAAGAAAGAGCCGGAGGAGGACUUCUUCAGCCCCUCGGGGGCCCAGCCGCAGGUCGCCAGAGGCGGCGGGUCGGACCGCGGACGCAAACCUCGACGGGACAAGCGCGGAGGGGGCGGCGGGGGCGGCGUGGCGGGAGGAGGGAAGUCGGACCGGUCGCUCUACAGCGGCAUCGUCACCGUCAACGGCCUGCGCCGCCACGCCAACGACGACGAGGAGGAGGACCUGAGCAGCGCCAGCGAGCGGCUGGCGGCCCGCUACUGCGCCGUGGACGGCGACCCGGGCAGCCCCCGCAUGGGCGGCGGGAGGAGACACCAGUCCAGCCCGGACCUGGCCCGCCACUACAAGUCCAGCUCGCCUCUCCCCGCCGUCAGCCUGCAGCCCCACUCGCCCCCCGCCGAGGGGAAGAAGCACCAGGCCGUCCAGGAGCUGCCCCCCUCCAACACCUUCGUGGGCAGCGGCGGGUGCGUGGGCAGCGCCGGGUCCAGCAGCAGCAGCAGCGGCGGCAGCGGCAACGCGGACGCCAUGUCCCUCGGCUCCGACCAGUGCUCCGAGUACGGCUACGAGAGGCACAGAGACAUAGGCCCCAUCUAUCACUGCAGACGAAUCGACACAGCGGGGUCUCCGCCGUCCACGGGGAGUCCUUCCAAGAGUGAUAUCCGAGUGACAGCUAACCCUGCUUAA